GCGGAGGGACGGCGCCUGCUCCUGAGUCAGCAGCGGCAAGGAGGCGGGCGGCACCGCGCCGCCCGGCCCCGCCGAGCGCCCACGGCCCCCCAGUACCGCGCCGGCCCUCGGUGCCGAGCACUCGCGGAGGAAGGGGGCCGUGGGGGCCCCGGCGGCUCCUGCUCGCCGCCGCCGGCAGUCAGAGCAAAACCAGGUUCUGGAUAACUGAAGACAGAAUAUCUGAAGGUUUUGAGGUGCAGGAACCCAACCAUGCAAAUCUUUGAGGGACAUUUCUGCAUCUCCAGAGAAUGAGAUUUCCAGUGCUUCAUGGCCACAGCAGGGUACUAAACAAUAUUAGAGGAAACCGACAUUAAGACAUAUAAUUUCUGCACAGCUGGUUGGAAAAGCAGUUGUCACUGCCUUCCUGGUGCAGCAUGGCAUUUGGACUUGGUGUUCUCUGCCUGUUACUGUGGGCAAUAACAGGUUCCAGUUGUGAGCAGUGCAGAGAAGGAGCCACGUACUCAGGUGCAGUAAUAUCUCCCAACUUAGAAACCACUAAAAUAAUGCGAGUUCCUCAUGCCAUAUCUGUGUCAGACUGCAUUGCAGCGUGUUGUGACCUCUCUGGUUGUGACUUGUCCUGGAUGUUUGAGCGACGCUGUUACAUUGUGAACUGCCAACACAAAGAGAACUGUGAGCCCAAAAAAAUAGAAACUGUAAAAUCCUAUCUUACUUUUGUGUUGAGGCCUUCUCAGAGGCCAGCCUCUCUCCUGGGAUUUGGGCAGGUGAUCCCAAGCAUGGUUCACUCUGUGGGACUCCAGAAUGAGCCAUCUGAGGAAGUGAGUAGCCUGAAGGAGCUGUCUCUGCUUGGCAAAGAUCCCAGCCUUGAGGAGAUACCUGAAUACAUUGAUGACUAUAAGGAGUUGGAACAGGACCCCUUUCAGAUGAGCAUCAAACAUGAGCAGAAGGAGAGCAUGGAUUAUGCUGACUGGGGCCCGAUGGUGGCAGGUGAAAACGGCUUCAACUAUUCCACAGGUGAUGAUGGAGAUAACCAGGAAGACAUUGUUGAGAAGAAAGGAGAGUCUGGGAAGAGAGAAAGCCUUCUGAAUAAGAACAGCUCUGAAUUCCACUCUGUCACUGAACACUCCAUAGAGAGGUUGUCAUCUCUCCCAGAGAUUACACCAUUCCCUAGGAAGACAUUUGAAAAUGAAGCAGCUGUUCAGCUUAUUCAACAACCUGAUGAUGCUUUGCAAAAAGAGGCUGCUACACCUUCCUCUUCUUCAGACAAACUGGAUUUCUCCCCAGGUGUGUCAGAGAAAACCCAGACUCCCACAGUGGCCCCAGAGAAUGGCACUGAAAGUGGGAUCGUGCUACUUCUCACUAAUACUGUGCCAUCUGAGCCCAUGCAGCAAUUCACACCACCUGUUACUGAUGCUAAAGCAGAUACAGUAAAAGAACUUAUUGUGUCUGCUGGAGAUAACAUACAAGUGAUGCUACCCAAAAAUGAGGUUGAACUGAAUGCCUUUGUUGUCCCACCACCACCUACAGAAACAGCCUACACCUAUGAGUGGAGCUUAAUCAGUCACCCUGCUGACUAUGGUGGUGAAAUGGAGCGCAGGCACAGCCAGACCUUGAAGCUUUCUCAUUUAUCAGUGGGACUUUAUGCCUUCAAAGUGACGGUUUCUGGUGAAAGUGCCUUUGGCGAAGGUUUUGUAAAUGUCUCAGUCAAACCAGCAGUCAGAGUUAACCAGCCGCCUGUUGCCAUUGCUUCACCCAAAGUACAAGAAGUUUCUUUGCCUACAACAUCUACCUUCAUUGAUGGCAGUCAAAGUGUUGAUGAUAUGAAGAUAGUGAGUUACCACUGGGAGGAAAUUAAAGGUCCUUUGCGAGAGCAGAAGGCAUCUGCUGACACACCUGUCUUGCACUUGUCUAACCUUGUUCCUGGGAACUACACUUUCAGGCUCACGGUGAUUGAUUCAGAUGGAGCAGCCAACUCUACCAUUGCAUCUCUGAGUGUCAACAAACCAGUGGAUUACCCACCUAUUGCCAAUGCGGGACCUAAUCAGGCAGUCACCUUGCCCCAGAACUUCAUCACGCUGAAUGGAAACCAGAGCAGCGAUGACCAUGAAAUUGUCAGCUAUGAGUGGUCGCUCAGUCCCAAAAGCAAAGGAAAGGUUGUAGCAAUGCAGGGAGUGCGGACGCCGUACCUCCAGUUAUCUGCAAUGCAGGAAGGAGAUUAUACGUUUCAGCUGACUGUCACAGACUCUGCGAGGCAGCGGUCCACAGCUGAGGUCACACUGAUCGUACAGCCUGAAAAUAAUAGUCCUCCAGUAGCAGUGGCUGGCCCUGACAAGGAAUUGACCUUCCCAGUAGAAAGCACUACACUGGAUGGAAGCAAAAGCCAAGAUGACCAAGGCAUUGUCUUCUAUCACUGGGAAAAUAUCAGUGGACCAAGCUCUGUACAGAUGGAAAAUGGUGACAAAGCAAUAGCAACUGUGACUGGUCUUCAGGUUGGUACCUAUCGCUUCAGGCUGACCGUGAAGGACCAACAGGGCUUAAGCAGUGCAUCUGUGCUAUCUAUUACUGUGAAGGAAGAAAACAACAGUCCACCCCGGGCGCAUGCUGGUGGGAAACAUGUUCUAGUGCUUCCAAAUAACUCUAUUACCUUGGAUGGCUCAAGGUCUGCUGAUGACCAGGGGAUCGUGUCGUAUUUGUGGAUUCGGGAUGGUCAAAGCCCAGCAGCUGGGGAUGUGAUCCAUGGCUCAGACCACGAGGCAGUACUGCAGCUAACUAACCUGGUGGAAGGAACCUAUACUUUUCACUUGAAAGUGACAGAUGCUAAAGGAGACUCAGAUGUUGAUUCAGCAACUGUUGAAGUGCGGCCUGAUCCCAAAAGAAAUGGCCUGGUGGAGCUCAUUCUGCAAGUUGGAGUGGGACAGCUGAGUGAACAGCAGAAGGACACUCUGGUGAGACAACUGGCUGUCUUGCUGAAUGUUUUGGAUUCAGAUAUCAAAGUUCAGAAGAUACAAGCCUACUCAGAUAUAAGCACUGCAGUUGUGUUCUACGUGCAGAACGGGCAUCCUUCCAAGGUGAUCAAGGCAUCAGAUGUCUCACGAACUCUGCAUGUGCAGCUGUUGAAAGAGAAGGCUGACUUCCUGCUUUUUAAAGUCCUGAGGGUUGACACGGCUGCCUGUCUUUUAAAAUGCUCUGGACAUGGACACUGUGACCCCAUAACAAAGCGCUGCAUUUGCUACCAGCUGUGGAUGGAAAAUCUGAUUCAUCGUUAUCUAAGUGAUGGAGAGAGUAAUUGUGAGUGGAGUAUACUCUAUGUCACUGUAUCUGUUUUUAUUUUGAUUGUGGUCAUGGUAGGGCUUGCCUGGUUCUGCAUCUGCUGCUGCAAAAGCAGAAAGAGGACAAAGAUAAGAAAGAAAACAAAAUAUACCAUCCUAGAUAACAUAGAUGAGCAGGAGAGAAUGGAACUACGACCCAAAUAUGGUAUAAAGCACAGAAGUACAGAACACAACUCCAGUCUGAUGGUCUCUGAAUCAGAGUUUGACAGUGACCAGGACACUAUCUUCAGCAGAGAAAAGAUUGAAAGAGAGAAUCCUAAAACCCUCAUGAAUGGAUCCAUCAGAAAUGGGGUUUCCUUCAACUACAGCUCCAAAGACAGAUAACUGAAUGACGGUAAAAGCACAGAACACACUGGUCCAACACAUCUGAAACAUGUUGGCCCACCUGUUUUUCCAGAACCAAAAGCUUCCUAAAAUACCAACUAAUUGCAAGGGAAAAUUGAAGGGGAUUGAAAGGGAAAAUUUCUGGCACAGUUAUGGGAAGGAAGGAGGAAGGACUAGAUGGUCAGCUAACUCCUCUUGUCACCAUUAUAGGAACAAAGAAGAGCACAUCUUACUUCUUGCAUGUUCCAUGCAAAAUGUUUGUUUGAACUUCAGAAGGCCCUUUUACCUAUAUCACUGCUACAAACUAGCCAGGGCUGCUGUGGAACUAACAAUGGUAACUGAGAUGCAUAAAGAUUCAUGUACCGUGCUCCUGUCUUUUUCUCUCAGAGAAGCAGUGUGAUUAUGAUGCUGACCUAAACCAGCAAAAGCCAAUAUAGGUAAAUUCCCUUACAACUAUAGAGAGCAAUAUGUGAUCACAGGCUCCAUCUUCAUUUUCAGUUUAGGUUGAGAACACAAAGACAGAGCAUUUUUAGUGCGUUGUAUUUAUAUCUGACUGUGCUUGUGACUUCCUUUUCUAGGGUAGUGCUCAUCAAAUGGAAAUGUUUUCAAAGAAAGUUUACACUUACUAGUACAUUUAAUCAGCUGUAAUGUGAUACAUCUGUGUCCUGUAGGAUGCAAUGUUCUCUGUAUUUACACAGAAAAUAUGGUACCUGCAGAGAAGUGCAGCUGUCCAGGUUGCUUCUGUAAUGAUGAAGGUGCUUUGGCUCUCUGGUGUCUGUCACAUCCAGCUAGGAAACAGUAACAGAAAGGCAGGGAGGACUCUGUGUGAAGUACCCUCAGAAGCAUUUUGAGCAUUCCAAACAACCUUUUGCUUAGAAAAUACUUCUAAGGAGUUCUGGACCUUCUAAGGCUGAACCAUCAGCUGAGAUGAGUUCCAUCUGUCAACCUCAGUGCUCAAUUAAAGAAUGUGCCAGCCGUUUGUGUGCCGAAGUGCUUGUGGUGAAACACCCUAUGUGGAGCAGAAGGUUCAACGCCUGCGUUCAUUGCCAUGGGAAUUGGUACUGGGAAAGGUUUUAGUUUGAACAUUAGAUUGUUUUACUUUUUCCUCUGUGGCUAUGCAGCAACUAGAUGUGUUGGCCUAAAGAUAUCCCUUUAGGUGCUUGGGAAGAGUAGGUAUGUUGGAGUUCCGAUGUUCACAAUCUGGAUAAUUUCUUUACAGCGUGCUUGUUAGGCUUUAAAGCCAUGCUCCCAAUACUGUUCUUGAAAUCUCAAACUGAAUACCUGGCUUUUGUACCUAAGCCUCACUUGUAGGGGCAUGUGUCAGUGGAACUGUGUGGCCACGAUGUCAGCCUUUCCUAGGGCUCCUUUACUGACAUGCUGGAGUCUUGGGCUGAGCUGGAGGAAUGGUGUAUUCUGAUGGAGAAAACAUUCCUCUGGGAGCAAUUUGGACACGCGGUCUUUUUUUGUUUUAACUCUUUUUAAUUAAAUCUGGUGGUGGAGAAUCCAUUAACAGAGAAGGGUGGAACAGUAUAGAGAUCAUGGGGAGCAGAUGAGAAGGGUCAGGUAGGGGGCAUAGCUCACCUCCAUCAUAAGGAAUAAUUUGGUAAAGAAUUUUGGGUCUUUCUCCAUCCUUUCGUAGAAGCCUGACACAACAGAUUAGUUGGGUUGAACGCUGUGGCUUCUGUGCUUCAUUUGUUAAUAGAGUUGGGCAAAAGUCAGAGGAACUGUCUAGGUUGGAAGGAAUUGGUAGUCAAAAGUUGCAGCAAUAUGGCAUGCUCAUAACUGGUUUCAUACUUUUGAUUCUCAAAUGCAGCCAGCAGAAGUCCCUAAGGCUAUUAAUGCUGCACUGAAGAGUAUCUAUCCUGUGCCCAGCCCUGCAUUUCCCUGGGGAGCUGAGUGUGGCUGAAGGAGUCAUAGUGAUGGGAGAGGCUGUGAAAAGCUAAAAAGGGCUAAUGCAGGAGUUUUCCAUGUUUUUUCUCAUACCCACCAGCAAGACACAGUAUAAAUGGCGUGAUUCGCUUUCUUCAGAAGCCAAGUUUUAACUCUACGUGUAUGGGGGCUGUAGGCUAUUUAUUCAAAAAAAUCCUACUUUCUCUCACCUUCCCCCUUCUCGAGUGUGUGAAUGUAUAUAUAUUUUUAAAUAACUUGGUCAAUAAAAGCAAGGUCAGCUUUUGAUGUCUUUCAGUUUCUGCUCCAGAUGUGUUAACAUAAUAAUACAGUGUUUACUUUUAAGCAUUCCUGAAGAAAAUUAAGGCCCACUCAAAACGCUAAUUUUGUUUUCUUUUUCAAAUGGAAUAUUGGGCGUAAUCCAUUCUGCACAAAUUCCCAAAAUGUUCUAGAAGGAAUUACACUCCUGGAAACAUCCAUUUUAAACAAAAGACAAGUUGUAUAAGGAACUACAGCUUGUAUUGGCCAUGCUGCUAUUAAUGCUUCUGCUAAAUACUGUAUCCAGUGUGCCUUUAUCUAUAAACUUACCUUUUAGGACAUGUCAGUGUAGUCAGCAGCAUCCUUCAGUUUUGUGAAGUCAGUCACUUGUGUUUUGGGUUUAUUUUAUGUUUCUAAAGUUGGUGCUGAAGCCUCGUAGGUUGUUCUUUCAAGGAAUUAAAAUUCAGGCGUAUUUAAAAACAAACUAAAGACAUUCUCUAGUAAAACAAUGACAGGAAUCAUAAACCUGCUUUCCUCAAUGCUGCAGAAUUCCCUGAGCUAUUCCUCCUCACACACAUACUGUGGGUUCAGAUCUUUGGAUCGGUGAUAAGCUCAUGUGCCAUGAGAAAGUACACAUGAUUUGGCUAAGUAUUUCUCACUUUAACAAUACAGAAAGAUAAGACCAAUUUCGUAUUGCCUAAGGCCUUAGUAAGUGGAAGUUGCUUACUAAAUUCUGUUCUCUAGAUGAUGCUUUGUUGCUGUAGAUGCUGUAGAUGACAUCUUUGUUGCUAACGGUGUUUUAGUUAUGUUUUGAAAGUUGAAUAUAGUUUAAAGUUUUGAGCUGCUUCUAAUUCUACUAGUUUGAUCUUUUCACCUCCUUGGAAGGAGAGGUCAUUCCUCUUAUAUAAGAUCAGGCUUGUUCUUACUAUGAAACUUGCACGGAAGUUGAAAAUAAUAGUUUGGGUUUGUGAAUUUGUGAUAUUACAUUUGUGUCACUGGACCAAGCAUGAUUUUGUCAGGAAUUUAGGAGAGAUUAUAGCAAGCCUUGUAUCUUGAUUCAGUAUAAUUUUUAUUUCUAGAACUGUUGCUUUCUUGCAGCAUGUCAGGUCACAGCUGGAAUGAAAGGGUUGGAAAACUAGCUGUCAAGGUGCAAACAUGGUGGUAGAGUUCUGACGCCAGUUCUGGUUUGGGCUAUGAUGGGUUUGAAAGAGGUUCUCAGUCCUUACGUUUACUUCCACAUACUGGUUUUCUUCAUAUACAGAAAGAGUGCUGGCAGAUUCUUUGUGAAAUUGGGAUGGGGAUAUUCCCAACAGUCUCAUCUGCACUGAAAAGCAGUGGAGACCAGCUAUAGCUUGUUGUGUGUGGUGGACAUAGCUGUGCUAGGUUAACAGUUGGACUCGAUUAAAGGUCUUUUCCAACCCAAACUGUUCUACGAUUCUGUGAAAAUAAAGAAUACAUUCAGUUUGGCACUGGUAAGUUACUGCCUUUCUUUGAAGGCAGUGUGCUGAUACAUAAAGUGCCUCAUAGCCUUGGAGUAAGCACUGGAUUUUCAUUUGCAUCUUGUGUGUCAAUUUAUUCAUGCUGAUCCAUGCACAAGCAGAGAUUGUCCCUCUCUGCAAAAGGACUGUCUUUGCAUUUUAAGUAAGGAAUAUAUUUUGCCAAAAAAAUUCCUUACCAUUACUGCCUGAGGCAUUAAACAGGUUCAGUACUCAGCACAGCGUGUACGCAGCAUGGAACUACCAUGCUGCAAACGGGUCAUAGGUCUGUGUUUUUAAUUUUCUUAACCAAAAUGCUACUGCAGUACAAAACAAAAUUUACCUUGGUGAAUCUGCCAAGAUACAUAUCCAGAUUCUCUGUCCUGCGGUUCAAACUUUCAUGUUAGCUGAGUAGAUUGCUGAGAAAUUCAGCAAAAUGUGAACAGUCUAAUUACAGAUUGCUUAUUUGGGGAGAGAAGCAAAAGAUUAUUCUCGUUUCAUGUAAGAACACAUUUGCAGCUGUGUCCUUUAGGUAAACAGUCUUAGCAGUCUCCUUCUGUCAGAUGCAUCAGAUACAGGUACUGUUUGAGCACUUGUGCUGUCAGCUGUUUUCUCAUGAUGCCAGUUUUCUUUCUUGGUCUCCUGUGGGCAAACAGAAGUGCAUACACAUGCAAGGAACUUAAAAGAGUGUGUGCAGCUCCCGGAGGGAGAGUGAGCACAUGCAUGUGUUUUCUAUGCUGAAUUUAAAUUUUCCUUUGACAGAUCUAAUGUUCUUGAAAUAACUUGUGUUCUUAGUUCUAUUCCUGUUCUAAGCCUAAGUGAAACUUAUUUUGCCCCUCAAUAUACUAAUAAUGGGCAGUAGUCAGCUGGAGCUUUCAGGUGGUGGUAAUAAAGUGACAGCUGCUUUAGUCUUCUGAGCUGUUUAUGUGAGGUUUGAGAAAGGUAAACAUUCUUCUAGAAGAAGGGAAAUGGGAUAGAGAGGUGAAUUAAUUUCUUAAGAUUAUCUGCUGCUUGUCAUUGAUCACUAACUACAAUACUAAUCCCAUACUUCUGCAGCAAAGGAGAACCCAUUUCACAUAACUUUUAGGUCCUGAACUCCCCAAGGCAAGGGAGUGAACCCUAGAAAUACACUUCAAAAAAGGAAGAAAAGGCAAAUAACUUUUCUUUCUUUUGCAAAGGCUAUGAAUGAAGUGCAGAUGAGCUGCACAUCAGUAGUUUGUCCCUGUAUGGAAGUGCUUCUCCUUGUUAGGUGGAUGGGUGAGCUAUUACAGAAUUUAUGUUAGGAGUCUGUUUCUAAAAAAUGCUAUUUAUUGCAAAUAAUAAUGUAUUGUAACUGGAACCAUUUCUCAGCUAAAAUUACUACAUUUAUGUAACUACUAAUAAAGUUUUGUCUUUCGUUCUAGGAACUUGUCAGGUACUCUUUUAGACAUGGUAUUCUGUAUUGGACUCAACACUCACGUCAGGCUAAUAGAGAUAAGUUGUAUACCAUAGCUUAUGUCUGUACUCUAACAUAAAAGCAUUGCUUUUAUGUUCCUUCCUACUGACAAAAGCAAACCAGUGUCUUCUUUUUCAGAGAGGUAACAUAAAUCAGUACAUCGAGAGCAGAGAAAAAUUACUGUAGUUUACAGUAUGAGUUUUCAUGUGGUGCUUGUCCUUGCUUGGUUUAAUUGGCUGUGUGUAAAUAUUCACCAGCUGUCAUGCCAGAUGUGGUUAUUUUGCAAGUUUCGUGGCUUAUUCUAUAGCAAAUACAACAUUUGAGUAUUUGUAAGUCUAAUCACUGCAGUAAUCAGAGAUACUAGUGUGCAAUAUAACCCAAAAUACUGCUGUUAGCUAGGGGUAGGUUAUGCUGCCUGUUUCAGAACUGGCAAAGAAAAAUCCAUGCAUCAGUGUGUGUGAAGUUUGUGCUAAAUCAUAAUAAAAGGUACUAUGAGUUA